CGAAACCGCAACACGGCCAGCUGCCGUCGUCGUUGUCGUCGUGCCACGGCAUGACGUAGCAUGCUGUUGGCGAGACGUUUGGUACAGCGGUGGUGUUAUCACUAACCAAACGAAUAUGGUCCGAUUGAUAUCCGGCGAGCAUUAUCGAUAACGAGUGGGUCUACAUCGUUUUCGUGUAAUAUUUCACAACACAUUUAAAACGUAUUAUUAUUUCAUAUUUUAUUCGAGUCCGGUCGUGUUUUGGUUAGAGGUUAAAGUUUAAACUUACAUAUUUGAUCGAAUGCGAUAAAUGUAAUGUUUAUACAUUUUCUAAGAACAAAAAUGGCUCGUUGUUGACCGCACAAAAUAUGAUACAUAUCUUCAUGAUGCAGUAGCCACACCGAAACUUAUAAAAACCACACAACUGUCAUUAUUUAGCCAUUGAUGCACUGUCGGUAUUCAAGCAUCCUUACCAAAAUGUUUAGUUUUACAAAAAAUAAAAUACUAUUGCCAGUUCAACUCAAGAAACUCAGUGAACACACAUAUAAGUGUGAGAGCCGAAGUAUUAGCGAUGUAUAUCUGCAUCCUUUUUGGAAUUGGCUAGUAUUAAAAACACCCAUAUGGUUGGCACCAAACUUAAUUACACUUAUUGGACUGAUCGUAAAUAUUGUUACUACACUGGUGAUUAUACGUUAUAGUCCAGAUGCUAAUUCUGAAAUUCCUAGAUGGGCAAGUUUUUUGUGUGGUUUUGGAUUAUUUGUUUAUCAGAGUUUAGAUGCUAUUGACGGGAAGCAAGCUCGAAGAACUGGUUCUUCUUCACCUUUAGGAGAAUUAUUUGAUCAUGGCUGUGAUUCUGUUUCUACUGUAUUCAUUACAUUGUCAGCCUGUGUGUCAGUAAAACUAGGAGAAUACCCAUCAUGGAUGUUUUUGCAAAGUUUUUUUGCUGUUGCUUUAUUUUAUUUUGCUCAUUGGCAGACUUAUGUUUCUGGUACAUUACGUUUUGGUAAAUUUGAUGUCACAGAAACACAACUAUCUAUUAUAUUUCUUCAUUUAAUGUCUGCUGUUUUUGGUACAGGUAUUUGGGAUUAUGAAAUUCCAUUUUUCAAUGUCAAACUCAAGUUCGUAUUACUACUUACGACAUUAAUUAUAUCAAUGGUUUUAGCCAAAUCAAAUUUAUCAGUUAUACUUACUGGUGGUGUUGGCAAAAAUGGAUCUUCAGUAGCUGGUACCAGUGUUUUGUCUCCUGCUAUUCCUCUUAUGUUAGUGGUUCUCCCUGGAUAUAUUAUUAGUUGCAAGAGUACUGAAAAUAUUUAUGAAACUCAUCCUGUACUUUACAUAAUGGCAUUUGGUUUAGUUACUGCUAAAAUAACAAAUAAACUUGUGAUUGCUCAUAUGACUAAAAGUCCAAUAGAAUAUAUUGAUUCCACGCUUAUAGGCCCAGCUAUGUUAUUUUUAAAUCAAUAUUUUGAUUCUAUUCUGCCAGAAUACUACGUACUGUGUGUUUGCAUGGCAUGGACUGUUAUUGAUCUAGCAGUGUACUCAAUGUUUGUCUGUAAAGAAAUAUGUGAUCAUUUACGAGUUUAUUUAUUUUAUAUAACUACUACUACAUCAACUGCAAAAUCUGGUGCAUCUUAUAAAAUUACAGGAUCAAAUAGUAAAAAUGGUAGCAACAAUUCAAGUGGCAUGUAUCAACAGUUUAAAUAUCCAUCCACAUUUACUAGUUUUAUAUAUCCAUCAAAAACGAAAACAAAAUAAUAACAUUUAAGUUAAUUGUAGUCUUAAUCAUUGUUAAUCUCAUUGUCGACGAUAAGCAACCAAUAUAAAAAUAUUGAAAUGUUUGUUGAUAUUAUUUUGGUUUUUUUUUUGUCUUAUGUAAUUAUAUUUGUUAUUAUAUUUAUUUGUACUAUGUACGCGGCUGAUGCAAUCAUAUGUAUAUUAGGUGAAUUGAAUACCUACUGUUGCCAAAUUGUACAUGAAUAUAAUUAACAAUGACUGUUUGUUAUUUUAUGUGAGAUGUAGUCUUUGCCUUAUAAUAAAUAAUUUAAGUGGUUA